AUGUCACAUGUUCAAUUCGAUCAACCAUGUUUUGAUUGGGACGCGAAGGAUUUAUAUCAGGAAUACCAGCGUUUCAAGCAACAUGUGGACUUUGUGUUCAAAGGUCCGUUGUCGAAAGCGGAUGACAAGGACAAAACCGGAUGGAUUGGAAUGUGGAUAGGAAGACAAGGUCGCGAAGUUUACAAAACUUUUGACUGGGCGGAAGGUGAACAAGAUAAACCCGAGGUAACUUUGAACAAGUUAGAAGCAUAUGUCAGGCCACGGAAAAACAAGCGUGUUGCGCGAUUCAGACUGAAACAGAGGAAACAAGCGGAAGGUGAGUCGUUUGACAAUUUUGUUAAAGACGUUCGCUUGAUAUUGAUGGAUUGUGAUUAUAGAGACCCGGAUGACAUUCUCAUCGACACGAUAAUAGAUGGUGUUUCAAAUCGUAAAGUACAGGAGAAAAUGUUCGAUCAAGGGCAAACUAUAACUCUCGAUAAAGCUCUAGAAAUUGGCAGACAGUUUGAAAUGUCUCAGAAACAGCUCAAAAUGAUUCGUGGUGAGGAACCAGUGAACAGUGUUGGGUUUAAAAACAAACAAAAACACAAGCCUGUACACAGUAAACCUAAAGUGAAAGUAGCGUCAAAAUCCGAGUUUGCGGGGAAAUCCAAAAAGUUUAUCAGUGGUGACAAGUGUACAAGAUGUGCGCGUGACGUCACAACCGGACACAAAAAUGGUGUAUGUCCAGCGAUAGGAAGCACCUGUAAUUACUGUCGUGGACGUGAUCACUGGAAAGUCGCAUGUCGCAAGAGACUUAAAUCUGAACUCUCUCAUGUUAAUACACUGCAGAAUAGUGCUGAAAAUAAUGUGACGUCCGACAGCUAUGAUACAGAUACUGAUGAACUUUUCCAGAUUUAUAGCCAUCAGUGUACUGAUAGCGGUGUAGAUGACAAGUGGCUAGUUGACAUUAGCAUUGGCUGUAAAACGCUAAAAUGCAGGAUCGACACGGGAGCUAGAUGUUGUAUUCUGGUGAAAUCGGAAUAUGACCGGAUCGGAGUGCACGGAAACGUCAGAAACUCGACGAAAGUACUUAAGUCGUACACGAAUCACAAAAUACGACCACUCAAAACUGUUACUUUACCAGUGACUUGUAAAGGUAAAGACGUUGAAACAGAUUUUGAAAUCGUUGAUCUAGAACAAGAGAACGUAAUUAGCGGUAAAGUCGCCGAGCAACUUGGUCUGAUUGAAAGAAUCGCAAACGUCAAUUGGGAGAAACAGUUUGAUGAGUUUCCUGAAAUCAUUAAAACUACCGGUACGCUGCCUGGGGAGUAUACCAUUAAGGUCGACCCUGACGUCAAAGGUGUCGUACACCCUGUUAGAAGGCAACCAGCAUCCUUGAAACCGCAAAUUAUCGCAAAACUCAAGGAAAUGGAGGAAGAUGGGUUUAUUAAGCGUGUUGACCACCCAACAGAGUGGGUAAGCUCGAUGGUAGUUUCGUUGCGUAAAAACAAAGUUCGCAUCUGCAUUGACCCGAGCGACCUUAAUAAGGCUAUCAAACGAGAGCAUCAUCCCAUGAAAACGAUGGAUGACGCUUUAGCUAAUAUUCCUAAUGCCACAGUGUUCUCCGUGCUGGAUGCAAAAUCCGGAUUCUUACAGAUCAAACUUGAGGAAAAAUCUUCAUACCUGACAACAUUUAAUACACCUAUAGGAAGGUUCAGGUGGUUACGCUUACCGUUUGGAUUAAAGUGUAGUCCAGAAAUAUUCCAACGUAUCAUGGACGAAAUGUUGGAAGGCAUCGAGGGUGCCAUCGCAGUCAUGGAUGAUAUUCUAGUCGCCGGAACUGACAUUCAACAUCAUGACCGCAUAUUACGUGAAGUAGUUGAACGCGCUUCAAGCUACAAUCUCAAGCUAAACUUUGACAAGUGUCGUGUGCGCAAAACGCGUGUGUCAUACGUUGGUCACAUACUGACUGACAAAGGUGUCGAAGCCGACCCCGAGAAGGUGAGAGCGAUUACGGAUAUGCCGGCUCCCUGUGACAAGGAAGGAGUCAGGAGAUUCCUAGGUCUAGUGCAGUAUUUAGCUAAGUUCUUACCAAAUCUAAGUCAAGUCGACGCACCGUUGCGCAUACUGUUGAAAUCGAACAUUGAAUUCACGUGGGGUCCGGAGCAAGAACGCAGCUUCAAAGCUCUUAAACAUUUGUGCACAUCGUCACCAGUUCUCGCAUUUUAUGACGUGAACAAACCAGUUCAAAUACAGUGUGAUGCGUCGAAAGACGGACUAGGUGCAAUCUUGAUACAGAAUGGUCAAGCCAUCGCAUUCUCGUCCCGUUCACUUACGGACACUGAGCAACGUUAUGCUCAAAUAGAGAAAGAACUUCUAUCGAUAGUCCAUGCUGCCACAAAAUUCCACUGCUACAUAUUUGGGAAAACGGUAACCGUGUACAAUGACCACAAACCGUUGGAACAGAUAUUCCGAAAACCUCUAUUAUCUGCCCCGAUGAGGUUACAACGCAUGUUAAUGAGACUCCAAUGGUACGAUUUGGACGUGAAGUACAUGCCCGGGAAGGACCUAAUAGUCGCUGACGCUCUCUCCCGAGCAUAUCUGCCUGAUAACAAGACAGAAAUCAACCUGAAAGGUGUUAGUUCUUUGGACUUUGUGUCAGUUAGCAAGGACAAAUACGUGGAAAUUGUACAGUGCACAAAGGCGGAACUACAACCCCUACAUGAAAUUAUUGUUGACGGAUGGCCCGACUCGCGAACAGAGACUCCUACUGCUGUCAAACCGUAUUGGGAUUCGCGUGAUCAACUGUCAAUAUCUGAUGGAAUUAUCUUCAAAGGAAUGAGGAUUGUUAUUCCACCUAGUUUGCGUUCGUACAUGCUCGAUCUAAUUCACGAAUCGCAUCUUGGGAUCGUUAAGUGCAAACAGCGUGCAAGAGAAGUCAUGUACUGGCCGGGUAUGAGUGCUGAAAUCGAGGUGAUGAUUCAGAACUGUGGAAAGUGUGCUGAGAUUCAAAAUAAACAACCCGCAGAACCUCUGAAACCGUCCGUUACGCCUGAUCUACCAUACAGUGAAGUUGGGAGUGAUUUAUUCCACUUUGAAGGAAAGAACUAUAUCAUUCUAGUGGAUUAUUAUUCAAAGUACGUCGACGUCGAGGAAUUACCCGACGCGACUGCCUCUGCUACAAUUCGUGCUAUGAAACGAGUGUUUGCGUGCCACGGUAUCCCGAAAUUACUUCGUUCAGACAACGGCCCAAACUUCACAUCAGCUGACUUCAAAACAUUCUGUGCUGACUAUGGAAUCGAACACAUAACAUCCAGUCCCCAUUUUCAGAGUUCAAAUGGUGAGGCUGAACGUGCUAUACAGACAGUGAAGCGCAUCUGGCGUAAAGCUGAUGAUCGUUAUCUAGCGCUUCUGGACUAUAGAACCACACCACUUAAUGGAAUAAAUCUAUCACCGUCACAGAUACUCAUGAGCAGGAGACCGAGAAAUAAAUUACCUGCUAAACGCGAGAUCCUUGAACCGUCUAUGAACAAUCGCCGCGAAAUAAAACGUCACUUCACGGAAGCGAAACAAAAGCAAAAACUUUAUUAUAAUUUGCACAACAAAGUCAAAGAGUUGUCUCCCUUGGUAAAACAAGAACCAGUGCGAAUGGCUCCGUUACCUGGAACAAAACUAUGGAAGCCUGCAACUGUUAUAGAACAUUCUGUGCGUCCGAGAUCAUACAUAGUGAAAUCUAAUGAUCAACUGUACCGUAGAAAUCGUAAACACUUGAGACGGUCUACCGAUCAUGCAAAUGAGUCGCUACGAUACAACAUUACCGAGGAAAGUGAUCAUGACUUUAUGAACUUGGACACUUCCACUCAAAGCAAACAAUCAAACUUGCCACCCUCCGAACUGACUGUCGCUUCGCCGCAAAAACAUUCUGUUAUACCUAAAAGCGAACCGAGUGUAGUCGAUAUACCUGUCACGAGGUCAGGAAGAAGGAUCAAACCGCCUGUGAAAUUGGACUUGUGA